AUGACUGAGACUCUUUUGCCGGAGGUUGUUGAGAACCCAGAUGGUUCGAAGUCUGUGAUCAGUUACAGGAUCGAAAACGGUCAAAAGUACCGGGUGACGCAGAAAGUGAGGGAGAUCAAGGUUACAGAGAAGGUUCAUAAGUCUGUGGCAGCGAGAAGACAGUGGGCCAAGUAUGGAGAAGAGAGGAACGCUCCGCCGGGACCCAACCACUCGACGACGCAGCUUGGCGAGGAAGUGCAGCUGAGAUUGAGCAGAAACUGGAGACAGCUGGAACAGGAGGAGACUAAGAAGGCCAAGAUCAGCUCGGACAACGUUAUCAGCUGUCGGUUGUGUGGCAACGCGCAUUACACGAUGAACUGUCCUUUCAAGAGUAUAUUAAACGACAUUGCAGCGUUGGAAGAUCCCGGCAGCACGGCAGCGCAGGGCGUAGAGGCGCAGGAGGAGACGCCGGCAGCGGCUGCUGCCGCAGCCGUCGACGGCGGCGCCAGAUACGUUCCGCCUUCACUCCGUGCCGGUGCUAAGGACCCCUCGUCAGACGCUUACAGGGACGCCAGGGAGCGUGACGACAUGAGUACUUUGAAGAUAACGCAGUUGAACGAAAACGCAGACGAAAACACAUUGCGGGAGGAGCUGUUGUUCCCCUUUGCGCCAAUCCCUAAGGUUGUCGUGGUGAGAAAUAGAGAAACGGGCAGGUCGAGAGGUCUGGCAUUUGUCACCUUUGCCAGCGAAGAGAUCGCUGAACAGGCUCUGCAGUUCUUAGACGGAAGAGGUUUCAUGAAUUUGAUCUUGCGUGUCGAAUGGUCGAAGCCAAAGGUCAAAGAGUAG